AUGCGAAAAGUGUCGCUGAUUUUCAUGGUUUUAUUCAUCUCAUUUUCAUCUCUUCUCAUUUUCUCUUCGCGUUUUCCAGAACAGGUGAGUGAAGCGGCAACGUUUCCGGAAAACUUGUCAACGAAUUUACAGGACUCUGACGAGUUGGCCGCUUUGACGGAAAAAGUGAAGCGGCUCGAAGUAGUGAUGGAAAAUAAUCGGAGAGCGGGAAAACGAGUGCACGAGCUCGUCGAGAAACGGCGGCCGCCUCCGAUUCCCGUGCUCGUUUUCGCGUGCGACCGUCCGUGGGCGGUCAGGGACCACCUCUGGAAACUCGUCGAAUAUCGGCGGCCCGACAAGAGACAGUUUCCGAUAAUAGUCACGCAAGAAUGUGACGAUGAGCGAGUGCGAGAGGAGGUGCAAAAAUUUGGAGAUCAAGUGGAAUACGUCAAGGUACGUUUCACGAGAGAUUUCCGAGCAUUUCGCUUGUUUUCAGCACGUUUCGGGCCGAAAAACGAACGUUUCAAUUGGAUCGGGACACGAGCGUUUUGCCACGUAUUACAUGAUUUCACGUCAUUAUAAACUGGCGCUCGACUAUGUUUUCAACGAGAAACACUUUUCGUCGGUCAUUAUUACGGAAGGUUUCCGCGGUUUUUUUCUCUUUUUUUAAGGAUAUUUUUGCAAAUCCAGAUGACCUCGACAUUGCGCCCGAUUUUUUCUCCUACUUCUCAAACACUCGCCAUUUGCUGGACGUCGAUCCGACUUUGUGGUGUGUGAGUGCCUGGAACGACAAUGGACAGGUUGGUUCUAUUCGGAGAGCUACAGUAGUCCAGGGAGUGGUCGUACAAAAAAGUGAUCAACUACACAAAUAAAGCACACAUUUGGUCCUUUAUUUUUGUAGUUGACAACUUUUUGAUACGACCACUCGCAAGAGUACUGUAGCUACCGGAAGUUUGGGCUAGUUAAUUGGCUAGGCGUUUUAACGCCAACUUCGAAGAGCUACAGUACCCUUGGGAGAGUUUGUGCAGAAAAGUUGUCAAUUGACAAAAUAUUGUUCACAUCUGGAUCUUCAAUUUUGUAAUUGACAACUUUUUGAUACAAGACGUCUACAGCCAGAGAAUAUCGAUCGAAACGCGAGUGCAACUCUCUACCGAACCGAUUUCAUGUCCGGCCUCGGAUGGAUGAUAACGAGGUGUCUCUUGCCAAUUUUUCUGAAAAAUGCAACUAUUUUCAGCAAAACGUGGCAAGAACUCGGUCCGAUUUGGCCGGCGGCGUUCUGGGACGACUGGAUGCGCGAUCCGGAGCGUCGGAAAGGCCGCCAGUGCGUGCGGCCGGAAGUCAGUCGGAGCGGAAUGAGUGCGCACGGGCGGCACGGCGCCAGCAGGUUUAUUUAUCGAUAAAUUUAUGGAUAAACUUAUAAAUAACCCAUCUAACCCAUUUCAGCGGCCAAUUCUUCUCGAAUCACCUGACAAAAGUGUGGCUGAACGAGAAGAGCACGGACUUUUCGCGCGUCAAUCUCGAUUAUUUGUUGCCGGUGCGUGUUUCUUCGAUAAACCAAUUUAUAAACGAAAAAACUGUUAUAGAACAAGUUCAAGCAACGAAUGCAGAGAAAAGUGAUGGAAGAAGCCGUCGAAAUGAGCAUGCAGCAGGCGAUGCACUUCAUUUCAAUGCCAGAAAACGCGGGAAAAAGUGUGAGGUGCGAACAAUUGGUCAUAACUUUCAAAUGCGACAUUUUGCGUCAAAAUGAUCAACUGCAAAGUUGUUGAGCACAAAAUUUGCAACAUUUUUCCAGUCGACCACUUUUCGAUACAAUCGUUAGUUCUCGAGAUAUAGACGUGCGAUUCCAGAGUGCACUACACCGGAAACGUGGACUUUGUCGAGAAGGCCGCCCAACUCGGCAUCAUGGGCGACUUCAAGGCGGGCGUGCCGAGGACCGCCUACGCAGGCACCGUCACGUGCUUCAAGAACGGCGUCCGUGUCUUUCUCGUCGCCGACCGCUCCAGAAUCUUCGAUUACGUGCCGACGUGGACCGUUCUGCCCUCGCUCGGCGACACUUUAUAA